GUAGGAGACUGGAGCCUGGACUGAGUAGUCAGAACCACACCCACAGCUUUUAAAUACAUGCUUGUGAAAGAAUCCUCUCACACACACACACGGCAACACCAGGGUAGGUCUGGAACAGAGGAAUAGGGAUUAACUUAACAUUGGUCUAUCACGUUCUUUCCUGUCUGUUGGAAGGUUAGAAGAUGGCUGUGAAUAAAUGUAUCAAGUACUUGCUCUUCUUCUUCAAUCUACUGUUCUGGAUCAGUGGCUGCGUCAUUCUUGGUGUGUCCAUCUACCUCAAAGUGAGCAAGAAUGGAAACGUGAUAAUGGAUGAGGCCGUGCCGUUUGUAGACCUGCUGAUAGCUGUUGGAGUCAUCAUCAUGGUACUGGGCUUCCUGGGCUGCUGUGGAGCCAUUAAGGAAAACCGCUGCAUGCUCAUUCUGUUCUUCGUCGGGCUGCUCCUCAUCUUCAUCCUCCUGUUGAUCGCCGGAAUCCUGGGAGCUGUCGGAGAGAAGAAGUCUCAGGUGUGGGUGAAGGAGAGUCUGGAGAAGCUGCUACCACUGAAGGACCAGAAGCCUGAAAUUCAAACGGACCUGCAGAAACUGGAAGUGGAGGUAAAGUGCUGUGGACUGAUCAACGGACCCUCUGACUGGGGCUCCACUGUCCCCAGCUCUUGUGACUGCGUUGACACCGCUCAAGUGUGCCAAAGUGCAGAAGGACGCAAAGUGUACUCAACGCCUUGUGUCAAGUUUAUGACUUCCUUCAUGGAGAAGAACGCAAUCAUCGCCCUGGGGAUUGCAUUUGGUAUCGCAGUCUUGAUGCUCUUUGGAAUGGCCUUCGCCAUGACCCUGUACUGCCAGAUUGGGAAGAGGGACGCCAACACUACCUAAUACAGCAACACGUGAUACACUUGAUCUAAGGUUGUGGUCAAGUUGAAUUGGAAGUCAUCAAUUCAGGAAGUCAACAGAAACAAAAAAAAACGGAAUCUAUUUUCAAUGAUUUCUCAAACUGAAAAGCAGAAGUUAUUUAUUACAAGUUUUUACAUUAGAAUUUUCAAUGCAAUUCUCUUCCUCAAUUGACUGACUUCGAUUCACAUUGACCCCAAUCCUGUCUUGAUCAACAGCUGGCUUUGACAUAUCCCAUACAGCAUGCUACAUGUAUUUGUUACUGAACGUUGGGGUUCAAAUCCAGUCAAUUCAGGAAGUACACUGAAAUUCCAGUUCUCUUCAAUGAGCAACAUUUGGAAUGGAAUUAGGUUUUGCUUUGUGAAUUGACUGGACUGGAAAUGGACUGGACCCCCAUCCUGCUGAACAUCACUAUGGACCACAAUGCAUCAUGUGUUUGUCGAUCUUAUACCUGCACCAAAUGAUGCUCUGAUUUGGGUUUCAGAUCUUUGUUAAAUUCUGGCAGUUUCUUCACUUGUGAAGUUGAUUGAUCCGUUCCUCAUUGAACAUGAAUUUGUGUAUUAUUAUUUUUUUUAAAGGAUCUUGUUUUCAUGAUCUACUGCUCUGUUUCUCUCACUGAAGGAGGGGGCUUCGCUGUCCAUACACUGAAGGAGGGGGCUUCGCUGUCCAUACACUGAAGGAGGGGGCUUCGCUGUCCAUACACUGAAGGAGGGGGCUUCGCUGUCCAUACACUGAACUUUGUGUUCUUCAUGCUAAAAUGUUUAAAAUUAAUUCCCAUUUUAUUGCUAUCAUCUCGUAGAUAUUAAAGUCUGACGGUAAUUUUGAUCACGCUGUGUAUAUACAUUUACCUGUUAUAUAUUUGAGUUGUAUAAUGAUUGCAGUACAUGUCAGAAUGUCUUCUGUUCAAGUCCUGUGACCAAUGUCUUUAUGGCUGUUUCCCCUUUUUGAGGCACAUCAGAAAUAAAGAAGUAGUAAUUCA